AUGUCGAUCAAAACUCAAUUUGAGACCAGCUACCAUGGGAAGUUUGGGGCACUCACGAUGGCCUCGCGAAUGACCGGUACAAAUAGUGGCGUUGCGAACCUCAAGGAUGGAAUCAUCCAUCUCAACAUGACGGUCCUGAGUGCUCUUCUCCAACUGUUCGUCGCCGCUUACAUCCCUCUUGCAGCCGCUACUGUUGCACUGCCAAGCACGGAUCCAUUCUACACUCCACCGAACAACUUGACCUCCUACGGACCGGGCGAUGUCAUUCGUUCUCGGAAUAUUCCUCCUAACCUCAAUGGCAUACUCGGCACGACCCUGACACCAUUAUAUGUGAAGACAGCAUACCAAUAUCUGUACCGAACAACGAACGAUGCUGGUGAUGCCGCCGCUGCCGUUGCUACUCUCUUGGUCCCCAACAAAGCAGACCCUUCGAAGCUCUUGGCUUAUCAGACUGCUUACGACAGCGCGAACAAUGAUUGUAGCCCUUCAUAUGCACUCCAGGCUGGUGCCAAUACCACGGCUACGUCGGACAUUGCAUUUAUUGCUGCAUCCUUGGAAAACGGCUGGUACGUAACGACCUCGGAUUAUGAAGGACUCAAUGCUGCGUAUACUGCUGGCCUGGGAUCCGGUUAUGCAACUUUGGACUCUGUUCGGGCCACCUUCAAGCAAGCCUCCGUCAGUGGGCUCUCGCCCUCUGCUCGAUACGUCUUGUGGGGCUAUUCUGGAGGAUCGUUGGCAUCAGAGUGGGCAGCUGAACUGCAGCCGUCGUACGCGCCGGAGCUCAACUUCGCAGGCGUCGCACUUGGUGGCCUUAUCCCAAAUGUCCAGAACGUCUUGACCACUAUCAACCAAGGACCUUUCGCGGGCCUUGCAUUUUCUGGCAUCUUCGGCCUCAGCAAAGCCUCUCCCGAGCUCAUGACUUUCCUUCAACAGCAGCUCAUCCCAUCCAAAAGCGCAGAGUUCCACCAAAUAGCCAAUGGCUGUCUGUCUCAAGCCGCUUCUGCAGGCUUUUUCAAUAAUGUCUACAGCUACUUCGUUGACGGCAAGAACACCUUUAACCAGCCAGUACCCCAACGAGUCCUGGCUGCGACAGGUGUUAUGGGAACUCACGGUACUCCCAAAUCCCCACUGUUCGUCUACAAAGCUGUAGCGGACGAAGUCUCCCCAAGUGCCGACACAGAUGCCCUUGUCGCUAAGCUCUGUGGCCAAGGAGCAGUCAUUGAAUAUCACAAAGAUGUGCUUGGCGAACACGUCUCGGAAGCCAUCACUGGUAGCGCGAGUGCCUUGGCGUGGGUAUCAGACAGGCUCAGUGGCAAGCCGCUUACUCAUACGACUUGUGUUACUCAAUUUGUAGCACUGACUAGCAUCAGCCUUGACACUGUGGAGGAGCUUGGAUCCGAUGUGGUUGGACUGUUGAAGACUAUACUUGGUGGGGGUCUUGGUCCCGCGAUAUCAGGCUAG